GCACGGACCGCGAUCGUCUCCAGGACGCACGUGAGGAGCUUUGGCAGAUGUUGAAGGACCCGGAGCUGGGACAGGCCGCUCUGCUGAUACUCGCCAACAAGCAGGACUUGCCCGAUGCUCUGCCGCCGGAUGAGGUGGCCGAGAAGUUGGGCCUCAGCGAGCUGCGUGGCCGCCAGUGGUUCGUGCAGCCCACGAGUGCCACGAAAGGCUCCAACACCGUGAUCAUCGUGAUUGGUGAUAUCUACUACAGUUCUGUGUCCGCAAGGACAGCCUUUGCACAGUUGUUGUGUCUUUCUGAGCAGAGUCAAGCCAUGGAUAAUGGAUGCUACAGGAGCGCACGACCCACAUGCGGCUCCUUUGUACAGAUGGACGGCCGUCAACUGAAUGCGGAAAAAGGUGACAAGAACAUGCCAAGCUGUCCGCAGAAUGAGACUGGAACUUGUAUCCUAGCCUUCGAAGAUUGCUCUGCGAUUUGUUUAUCCCUCGCUUACUUGGAAUCUCUGAUCCUACAAUUGACAAUCGUUGCUUUGCAUCGGAUUCAGAGGGAUGUUGGUGAGGAGGCUUUUUGGAAUGACCGCCACCACGUCUUGCACGGCGCUGCGAACACGGAGUUCCACGAGUCGGACAAGGAGUACUUCUCAGUCUUCCUUGCCCCACGCAGCAAGCGUGUCGUUCCCAAACGGCAAAAUGGCUGGACGAGGCAUCUUUUUGCUCACAAGUCCUGA